AGCGAGGGUUUUUUUUCCCCUUGAAACAGCGGCGGGUUGUGGAGGCGAUCGGAGUGGCGGACGAGAUCCCACAAGCUGAGCUGGGUGUUCCCAUGACAACGGCUGCUUCGCCUUCUGAGGAUCUCGACGCUCCUGGAGACAGGGCUUUUAAGUCCCCGGCUGUUGCCAUAUAUACACAGUAUAUAUAUGCCUUGCAUGCGUAAAAUCACGGAUUGACUCUCCAGAAAUUCUUCAGCGGUCACUACUUCCUGGGAAUUAAAGUAUCUACAAGAUGCCCUACCUUGGCUCAGAAGAUACACUGAAGGAGCUGAAGAGAGCACUGUGUAAUCCUCAUGUACAAGCUGAUCAUCUCCGCUACAGGAAUGUUAUUCAGCGAGUGAUCAGGCAUAUGACACAAGGCAUAGAUGUUUCUGGUGUCUUUAUGGAAAUGGUUAAAGCUAGCGCCACUGUCGACAUUGUUCAGAAGAAGCUGGUUUAUCUAUAUAUGUGCAAUUAUGCACCACUGAAACCAGACCUGGCUCUUCUAGCUAUCAACACUCUGUGCAAAGACUGUUCAGACCCGAACCCUAUGGUUAGGGGCAUGGCUCUCCGUAGCAUGUGCAGUCUCAGGAUGCCUGGAAUACAGGAGUAUAUCCAACAGCCGAUCCUGAGUGGCCUGCGAGACAAAGCCUCCUAUGUGAGGAGAGUAGCUGUUCUUGGAUGUGCAAAGAUGCAGAAGCUCCAAGGAGACUGUGAAGUGGACGGUGCGCUAGUGAACGAGCUGUACAGUUUGCUUCGUGAUCAGGAUCCUAUUGUAGUCGUGAAUUGUCUGAGGGCUCUAGAGGAGAUCCUGGCACACGAGGGAGGAGUUGUCAUCAACAAACCCAUUGCCCACCAUCUUCUUAACAGGUUGCCCGAUCUGGACCAGUGGGGUCAGAGUGAGGUAUUAACCUUUCUGUUGCGCUACAAGCCUCGUUCUGAAGAUGAGCUUUUUGACAUCCUUAAUUUACUGGAUCGGUAUCUCAAGAGUAGCAGCUCUAGUGUGGUGAUGUCAGCCACAAAACUCUUCCUUGUGCUGGCCAGAGACUUUCCACAUGUGCAGUCAGAUGUACUGGUGAGAGUGAAGGGCCCGCUCCUGGCAGCUUGCACCUCCGAGAGUAGAGAGCUAUGUUUCACUGCUUUGUGUCAUGUGCGGCAGAUCUUAGACAGCCUCCCUGGACACUUCAGCAGCUAUUACAAGAAGUUCUUCUGCUCUUACUCUGAACCACAUUACAUCAAGUGCCAGAAAAUGGAGGUGCUGUGCAAGUUGGUUAAUGAUGAGAAUGUGCAACAAAUACUGGAGGAGUUCAGAGACUAUUGCACUGAUGUUUCAACAGAGCUGGCACAGGGAGCGAUCUUUGCCAUAGGCAACAUUGCAAGGACCUACACUGAGCAGUGUGUGAGAAUCUUAACCGAGCUGCUUGAGCUGAAACAAGAACAUAUAACUUCAGCUGUGGUGCAAGUGUUUCGGGACCUGGUGUGGUUGUGUCCACAGUGUACAGAGAGUGUGUCCCUGGCUUUGUCUACCUGCGAAGAAACCAUUCAAGACAGUGAGGGCAAGCAGGCAUUAAUCUGGCUGCUGGGAGUGCAUGGAGAGAGAAUUCCCAAUGCUCCCUAUAUCUUGGAAGAUUUUGUAGAGAAUGUGAAGUCAGAGACAUUCUCAGUUGUGAAGAUGGAACUGCUGACAUCAAUGGUCCGGCUUUUCAUAGCACGCCCAGCUGAGUGUCAGGACAUGUUGGGUCGAUUACUCUAUUACUGCAUAGAAGAAGAGAAAGACAUGACAGUUCGGGACCGUGCUCUGUUCUACUAUCGCCUUUUGCAAGCUGGUAUAGAAGAGACAAAAAGGAUUCUGUGCAGCCCCACUUCUGAUCACUCUCUGCGGCUUUUGGAACAGCAAGCAGAAAGUUCUGUGAAUGCAUGGGCCUCUGACUUUAACUCUUUGGUGCCCAUAUAUGGCAAAGAACAGUGGGCAACCAUGACGGCCAACCAGAUGGAUUUUCACCAUGCUGAUCCUCCCUGUGAACGUUCUGCAGUAGUGAGCAAAGACCAGCUGGUGGCAGAAAAGAAUGUGAGUGUUCUUUCUGAUAACACCAUUUCACGUGGUCUUACCCUGUUGCCCAGCACAAGUCUCACUGCAGAGCAGUUUGAGAGGACAUGGCUAAAUCUAGGUGUGGGCUGCCAACAGGCUGUUCCUUGGCAAGCAACCGUGGAGCCAGACACCAUACAAGCUGCACUGCAAGUGGUCCAUGUCCAGACUAUUGCAAAGAGCAAGGCUGGUUCCCAGAUGUGGAAAGCCUACUUGGGAGCCCAGGAUGACACUGGCUGCCUUUUCCUGACUGAGCUGCUGCUUGAGACUGGGGGCUCACAGAUGCAAAUGUUGGUGAAGCAGAGUGAAAACAAACCUGAGGCACUCCGGGCCUUCAUCUCAGUCCUAAAAACAGUAUUAGAAACAGUGGUGGGACUGCAAGCUUGAAUGUUUUCUUCUAAUUCUGACCUCUGCUAUUAAGUGGGAUGCACCAGUAUAUUUUUUUUGUACAACUUAUUCUACUGCAUUCUUCAAACUAGCGCACAGCGCCUGUGCAUGAUCAGUAAAGCUGUGGCAAAGCCCCACAGCUGACUGAGAGCAACUGUUGGUGCCAGCAAGAACAGUAUGUAGCCUAGAAAAGAAUAAGCAGUGAAUGAGGAGGCAAAAGUAACACUUGUUAUUUGGAGACAUUAAAUAGGAAUAUCUUUGCUGUGAACUAGUGAGCUGCAUACAGAAUUGUAGCAGUAGGAAAGGGAGUUGAAACACUGUGGUGGGAAAUUGAGUGUGAGGUAUAGUGCCUGGAAAGAGUCACUAAGAGCAUCACUAUGUCAAAAGAAUAAAAGUACAGUACUGCUACAUCAUUGCAGGGGCAGGGAAACUUUUUUCUGCUGAUGGCCGCAAUCUUCCAUGGGUAAUCUGACAGAGAAUCCAAUUGGCAGUGGGAAGGGUGGAACCCAGAAGUCAUUGGGGGUGGAAUUUUGAAAAAUCAAUACUUCAUUUUUUAGAGGAUAACUGCCAGUAUUCCAGGCAAGACAGCUAGAAGCAAAGUAGUUGGGCCACAUCUCUUCCUCUUCUACCAUUUUCUCUUCUGUUUCAUUCUCUUUUUCUGCGCAGUGGCUUGCUAGGCAAAAGCCAAAUUACCUUUGCAAAAAGUCUGAAUUGAUCCCUUUCAGAAGAUAUGAAACUAUGGUGAGAGCUGCAUGUUGCCCUAGGUGUGGGUUGCCCUUUGCUGCUUCAUUUGUUUGUUAAAAGUCUAUAAGGAAGUGAGAGCUUUUGCCCUUUGACUGAUUCUCCUCUGAUAUUCAGCGAUGAGAAAUUGUAUAUAAAGCAAGCCGUAGUUUUUAAAUAAAUAUUGCACACAGAAGCCUGUUACCCUUUUAUCAAAUAUACUUUUUCUUAAUUAAUUAACUAAUAUUUCAGUACUGAAUCCCACUUUGGAAACGAAAUAGCUAUGAGGCUCUGGCUUUUGUGAGAUUAAGGAAGGAACAGCUACCACAGUACGGGAAGAGAAAAUGAAAGUUAAUAUAGAAGGAAGUGCCUUUUACUAGAAGUCAGAAGGUUUAUAGAGAAACAGACUACUUUUUCCUUUUAAAAGAGCUAACAUAGAUGAACCUCAGGAUUUCAAAAAAAUCAGAAAAAUGAAAUAGAGAUGAUUCAUAGUGGUUUGUAGCUCAUUCCAUCUCCAUGAGAUACUGAAUCUAGGAGAGGUUCCAAUGUAGUCUGCCUGUCAUAUGCAUCCAAUGAAGGGUUAUCCAUUUCCUGAAUUAUUUUGAGAAGUGGAUUUUUACUGUAGUUUCAGUAACUGAAAUAAGGAUAAUAAGUGAAUAUUCUGUAUUGACAUUUCUAUGUUUUCUAUAGUACCAAAUAUCUAGUAGAUGUUAUAGUCUGUAGUAGUUGUAUUAGAGGUAGAUCUUUUCCCCAAUUCCAGACCUCUUGUAUUUACAAGCAGAGUGGAUAAAAAUAAAUGAUUUUAAAAAACAUCACAUUGAUUUAAACCACAAUUUAAAAUUUAAAAUCUGAUUUAAAUCACAUCCAUCCUCUUCUCAAGGGUCCACUCUUAAGAACUAAUCCCCAGUUUCCAGAUUUUAAAAAAUCCAAAAUAGACAAAGUUCAGAGGCACAGUUGAAUGAUUGUAAUGAAGGAGGGAUUGCUCUCCAUUUUUCCAGUGCAGCCAAUACCUGAUGCAAAAAAUGUCAGGAUGUGUGUGAAUAGGUUUUCCAAUAUGCUUUUCAAGUGGAUGGAAGAUAACAAUGGGCUUCAAGGAAUAUGAAUAACACUGGACAAUAAAUACUAAAUUUGUACUGUCUUCAUUUGUUACAGAUGACAAAUUGUAGCAAGAAACUAAGCAAAUGUGUGGUGUACUGGACUAGCAUAAGGUCCAUUUUACUCUGAAUAAACCUUUUAUUCA